AACGCCAGAUUAAAGGAUGCGGACGUCCCCUCCAGUUCGGCGCGCUGCUCAGCUGUUCGGCUCACGUCAUAGGCUAUGUGAAGUGAACACAACAAUGACAGGAAGGGGUGUGCGUCUUGCUGUCUCUACCCGUCAAGCGGCCUUGUUAUGACCGUUUGCCAGGUGUGUCAGGAUGAUGUGUCCAGCAUGGAGAGUUGGGGGAGUGUGUGCCAUUGUAGGUGGCAUCCUUAUCCACCUCACCCUGGGCAACCUCUACAGCUUCGGUAACAUGAUGACCUACAUGGUGUCCUACAUGCACCAGAGGGUUGAUCCCACCAUCACUUAUGCCAACAUCCUGUGGGUCAACUCCAUCACCACCAUGUCUCAGGGUUUCUUCAUGGUGUUGGGCGGCCUACUGGAAAAGCAGGCUGGACCUCAAUUGACAUGUCUCCUGGGCUGCUCUAUCCUCAGCUCAGGAAUAAUUCUGACGCGCUAUACAGUUGACGUGUCACUGUUUGCAGUACUCCUGACAUAUGGGCUGCUGUCAGGACUAGGAAUUUCCUUAGCAUAUACUACUCCCCUGUCUUGUGGAAUGCAGUGGUUCCCAGGACACAAGGGUCUGGUGAAUGGCCUGAUAGUUGCUGGCUUUGGUCUGGGUGCACUUGGCUCCACCACUCUUCAGACCAUGUAUCUCAAUCCUGAAAACAAGCCUCCUCAGAGUGAUGGAUAUUUUGUGGAGGCAAGCAUCCUCAACCGAGUGCCAAGUGUGUUUGUCCUGCUGGGUGUCAUCUUCCUAGUGAUGCAGGUUGUGGGCUGCUUCCUGCUUAAGAAGCCUCCUCAAAACAUGGUCCAUUGCCAGCAAGAGAGUGAAGGCCUCCUGGCAGAGGAAGUGACAUCUGAUGAGCAGGAGCUGCACAUCAACACUCCUAAUAUUACUCCCUCUUCCUCCACUACCAGCUUCACUACCACCACAAGCCCUUGCUCAAACCUGAAGCCACGAGAGGUGAUCAAGCACAGAAUAUUUUGGAUGCUGUGGCUGAUAUACUUCUUCAACACCAUUGCUAUUGGCUACAUCAAUGCCAUGGGCAAGAGCUUUGGUCAAACCUUCAUCAAGGAUGACCACUUCCUGGCUGUGAUGGUGUCUAUGGCAGCUGUCUUCAAUGCUGGGGGUCGAGUUGUGUGGGGCCGCCUCAUGGACAUCACCUCCUUCAGGGUUGCCAUGCGUAUGGUGACCAGCAUUUUGACAUUCCUGUUUGCCACCAUGCCACUCACAGUCUACUUGGGCAAGGGAGGCUUCACCAUCUGGCUGUGGGCAAUAUUCUUCACCUUCUCUGGAACAUUUGUCCUCAUGCCCACUGCUGUAGAAAAGGCAUUCGGAGCUGAUCAUUACUCUGCCAACUAUGGUCUUCUCUUCACCUCCCAGACUGUAUCUGGACCUUUGAUUGCACUGGGCAACCAGUUGCUGCUUACAGCAUUUGGCUUCACUGGAUGCUUUGAGGUGGUGGCUGUCAUCAUCUUCCUGAGUAUCUGCAUGACUUUCCUGAUUCCUGAAGGGAUUUGAAGCACAUCAAUCAUAUAUAUAUAUAUAUAUAUAUAUAUAUAUAUAUAUAUAUAUAUAUAUAUAUAUAUAUAUAUAUAUAUAUAUAUAUAUAUAUAUAUAUAUAUAAAUUGAGUGUUAGGCUGUGAACAGUUAGUGGUGUGGUUACAUCAGUCCUUUGGUGCAUCCAGGCCUCAAAACACCAUGCUCAAGUAGGACACUAAGUAGCCUACUUUAGCUUGCCUUCGCCUUCACAAUGUUUCAUAACAUUCCUACCUAUUUGGGGUUUACAUGGGUGUUAAUGAAUUCUGAGCUGGACUGUAUGGUCAGGCAAGUUUGUAGGGCAGGCAGUAUGCUGCAUAUUUCCAGGUUGUGUUGUACUCAUAAAAGAUAAAUAAGCCUUGUAAUUAACAUUCCAUGAAAGGAGACAAGUAUUCUCUCCUCCUAGGUGAGGAUUCAUUAUCUGAACCUCUUAGUUGUGAGCCAACCACACUGACCACUGCAUUGCCACACUACAGGACCAUUGACAGUGAGGCUGUUCAGAUGUAAAGGAAAAGUUUCAUCAUUUAUUUAGUUGGCUUUUUGUAUUGCUCUCUGCAAAGAAAUUUUGCCAAAGUCAAUUCACAUUGAAAGUGAUAUCCAUGAAGUUUGAGCACACAUGUGUGGCCCCAGAAGUGUUGGUGGCACUACUUCAACCCAGUAUACACUUGUCCUGGUGUGUGGCCCUGGAAGUGUUAGGGUGGCACUGCCUCAGCCCACCACACACUUAUCUUGGUGUGUGGCCCAGGAAGUGUUGGGGUGGCAUUGCCACAGCCAACCACACUUUUGUUCUUGUGUAUGGUUCUGAAGAGGCAAUAAAUGGAGCAUUCAUGGACAAGUUGGCCUUCAGUCAACCCAGUCAACCUCGGUCAACUCAUGAUUGUUUUGUUAGGCAGUCAUGUCAUCAUGGACAAGCCUUAAACCCCAUAAUUGAUUCAAAAGUAGCAACAGUAAGAAGCAUAAGUAGAGCUCCUUUGUCUAGACCAGUGGUUCUCAAACUUUGUUGGUUAGUGGCACACUAAAGGUACAUAAUUAAUUUAAAAGUAGCAACAGCAAGAAGCAUAAGCAGAGCUCCUUUGUCUAGACCAGUGGUUUUCAAACUUUGUUGCUUAGUGGCACACUAAAGGUACAUCUUGGGCUUUGGCAAUGCACCAAGCUCAUAGCCAGUGUGGUGUAGGCCUAGUAAAAGACAGAUUUAAGAACAUACACCCAUCUUGGAAAAGUUGGUGGUGCACUUUGGUGAUAGGCACAGCACGCCAUAACUAUGGUGCAAACUAUGCACUGUAGUGCAGUUUUUGUCACUGAUAUAAACUAAUGGGAGUGGUGAUUACAUAUUGUAACAAAAGAACAGACACUGAGAUCUAUUGCUCUAUAACAAGGGUGACUUCAUAUCCUUGUUUUAUAAGGUGGUGUAAGAUUAUGACAUACUAGUUCAGUUGGAGGACAGAAUGUUAGAUAUGUGAGAAAAGAAAAAGAUCAGACCACAUGAGAAGGGACAGCAAGGACAGAAAUUAAUGGUAACACUUCUGUUGCAAUCAUUCCCUUGGAAUAGUUUGGGACAUCCAUCAGAUAUUGAUACAGAAAAGGAGAAUGUUCUUAGAAAUGUGCCUUAGGCUGAAAGGGAACUUAAAUAUUUGAUUGAUGUGCCUUUGCAGCAUUACACAUAUAGAGAAAUAUAGUCUAAAGUAAUUCUUUCAUGAUAUUUUUAAUUCUAUUUCCCUAAAGAUAUAUAGUUCAUGACCACAUAGUACUAGUUAGACAUUAGCUGUAUGGAAUCACUGCCAGCCCUCUGACCUGACCCCACAACCACAUAGGAAUCACAUUGGAGUUGAAUGUGCAUUUUGGUAUACAUGUAAGUUUCUGAUGUCUUGAGGUGUCAAAAAAUAUGGUAAAUUAAGAACUUUUAAUUUUGAGUCACCAAUACCUUGAAAUAUGCAGGACUCAGGAGUGUUAUCAUCAAGUGCAACCAUAUGAGUCACUCAAUUGCCACACUGUUAGUAUUCCUGCCUCUUACAUAGUCACUGAAAGUUACUGGUUGCACAUCUCCAUUUUUCUUGUUAAAUUUCCUGUGUACGUUUUGCUCGUCAUGUGCUUGUAUUUAUUAAUCAACAUUCUUUAUUCAUAGAACAUUUUCCUUCACUAAUAUUUCACGGAGGAGAUUUUGGCAAACACUGCCUGUCAGUACAAGUUGAAGGAUCACAGUGCAUUUGACAAGUACCUCAGUGAUGGUCACCAGAACCACACUAGUGCAACGCAAAAGGUGUUAUUACAAAACUUGUACACAACUGUUUUACAUACAAGUAUUUCUCCUUUUGCAUCAUGUAUAGGGACUUGCUUGCAUCAUGUAAAUAAAAAUAAUGAAAAAAAAUACUAAUGGGAAAAGGGGGAUAAGGAUCUGACCUAUUAAAGUGUACUACUUUGCCUUUAAAUCUGUUUAUAUGGUAAGUGAAUAAUACCAGUUCCUCCAGUUAUUUAUAAAUCGUAGCUUUAGGUAUGAAAGCUAAACACAAGAAAUGCUGAAGUAAAAAGGGAAAAUCCCCCUUAAUAUUAAUGAAUGUACAGCUCAUUUUAUUCCUCACCCACACCACUGCCAAACACAGUCUGAGGGCCCUCACCCUCCAUCUCCUCCUCCUCCAACUCCUGUGAUGACUUCACUUGCUCAGGAUUAUGCACUUUUGACAAUUCUUCCACUUUCACUUCUAUUGGCUUCUAUUCCUCCUGAAAGAACUGCAGCAUGGUGGUCUGACUCUUCUACAUUUCCCUUAGCAUCUCUGCUGGAGGCAUCAUCCAUACCAGUAACAGUUCUUAGAACAGAAGAGCUCCUGUCAUCAUUUGAGUAAUUUUCUUCCAGCAGCUGCAGCCCAUCUGUGAGGUGGUGAUGAAAUGUGUUUCUUCUCCAUUUCUGGCAAGAGAGAUUGAAAGGAUCCCUGUUGUGGCUGUUGGCUGUGCUCCAUGUGCUUGUAAACAAUUGAAUGGGAAGCAGGAGGGAGCAGGAAGAAUGAAAGAGUGCUAUUUGAAUAUCUGGUUGGGCUGGUUCAUACUAAGAUGAAAACAUUAUGUAUGUAAAAUCAAUUCAAUUUAAUAUACAAAUUUUAAGUUCUGUUAAAGUGAAUUCAUGUAAAAAUCCUGUAUAAACUGAGGGUCAUCUGUACUUAAAUGUAUGCAUUCCCUCAAUGAUGCCUCAUUGGAUAGCCACACAUGAAUGACUGCCAUGCAGCACUAGCUGUGAUGGCAGUGUGUGGCUUUGUGGGUAGUGUGUUAGUACAUAACUGCUGUCAGAAUGUAAACACUGCUGAACCUGAACUUGCAUGAACAACUACACUAUUUUCAUUCUCAUAUACUGUACAAAUAUACAUCAUUAUACAUAUAAAUUAUUCUUAUAUUGUUAUUUAUAAUUUAAUUUUUUAAACUUUUAGUGUAUUUCAGCUUUAGCAACAUAAUUCCUACAUCCAAUCCAUUACUGCAUCACAUUGAGUGUUUCCUUUGCAAUGCAUUUCUUCAUUGAUUUGACAAGGAAAUCCUUGAGGGAGAAAUGGCUUUUGAAGACAAAUUUAUCCAAACUAUAUUGUAUAGGUGUUACAAAGCCUGGUGUCAAAUUUGUGUAACAACUACAACACUGCAGCUUUGGCAUAUCUGUCAGAAUGUCAUCUUCAACAAGUCUUUCUCAGCCACAUGUGUAUGUGUUGAAGAAACAAUGUGAAGACUAGUUUUGUGAAGGAAACCCUUCCUUUAAAGUACUGGCCUCAAGAUUUCUGUGACUAAUCUUUCUUGAAGGAAUUCAGCAGAAGUGCAGUUUGUUUAAGGAAAUGUUCUGUAUAAUACCAGCAUUAGGUGAAAUUGUUAGAUAUUACUUGACAGUUGUGGUGAAUAAGACUUGAGUCUAUUUAUACAACAAAUUUCUAUUUUAAAAUUGAGUUGAAAUACUAAACUAUUUUUGUACAGAAAUAUUAUUAAAGAUAAACAUUUAUUUCCAAGAUUUCAAA